GUUUUAAUCAAAGACAUCACUUUUAUCGCAUCAUCAUCCGAAGCCCUAGAAUUUACAGGAAAUUCCAAUCCAUCGUUCUCGCCCGACCCAAUCUAAUCCACACCGUCCAUCGACCGAUCUCCCCAAUCAUCGCCGGCGACUCAACCGAAGUCUUCUCACACAUAUCUCCGGCGCGAAAUCGUACGGUACCGCCGUCAAUUAUCUGUCGGCAACAAUCGAAACUCACUGGCUUUCUCUUGAAUGCUGAAUACAGGUAACGGGUGUAUAAAGUUGUGAACUUGGCUUGAGAUGGAAGGGAGCGAAGAGGGGGUGAUGCAUCAGCAUCCUCAAGUUCAUUACCUGCAGGAGCAUGAUGAUCACCAUCACCAUGGUUUUAUGAACAAUGUGGGUGUGAUGGAGCAUGAUGGUGAUGAUGGUGGUGGUGGGAAUGGAGGGAGCGAAGGAAGUGACUGUAUGGAAGGUGAUGUUGCUACUGCUGAUCCUGGGAAUCUGUCAGAUAAUCAUCAUAGUGCAAUGGUAGUUCAUGGUAGUGGUGAAACUAGUAAUCAGCUGACCCUCUCGUUCCAGGGGCAGGUGUAUGUGUUUGAUUCUGUGUCGCCUGACAAGGUGCAAGCUGUGCUCUUAUUGCUAGGUGGACGCGAGGUCCCUCCAACCACUCCUAUGUCUGUACCAAAUCACAAUUAUAGAGGGGUACCUGCUGUUCCUCAGAAGCUUAACGUUCCACAAAGAAUCGCAUCAUUAAUUAGAUUCAGAGAAAAGCGUAAAGACCGGAAUUAUGAUAAGAAAAUCCGUUACACUGUCAGAAAGGAGGUUGCUCUCAGAAUGCAACGAAACAAAGGCCAGUUUACAUCUUCAAAACCCAAUCAAGAUGAAUCUGCAACUGCUUCAAACUGGGACUCGUCUCAGGGAUGGGCUUCCAAUGGGGGCGGAUCUCAAAUUCAAACUCAAGAGAUUUUCUGCCGGCACUGUGGUAUUAGUGAGAAAUCAACGCCAAUGAUGCGACGUGGACCAGAAGGUCCAAGGACCCUUUGCAAUGCAUGUGGGCUAAUGUGGGCAAAUAAGGGAACUCUGAGAGAUUUGUCAAAAACGCCACCGCCGCCACCACCCCCAGGACAAAGUUCAUCCCUUCAGCAAAGCGAAGAGGUAGAGUCUUUCUGUCUUUCUUUCUUUUCACCCAAGAGUUACUCGGUAUUCCGUAACCAUUUCAUGCUCGUUUUUUUUAAGUUGUGGCAGAAUGGAAAUGUGCAGGGUGCUCAAAUUAUUAUUAAAAGUGGAGAAGAUGGAGACGAGUCACUGUGAUUUUUUUACACUAUUUGUUUAAACUACAAUGACUGUAUGAUAGAAGCCUGUAGUUUAAUCUUUGAACGCCUUGCUCUUACUCCAUACUAUCCUGUCCCAUCAUUUCAUUUACUAGCUUUUGUGGUUUCUUCUGUGUAUCAUAGACAAUGUAAAACAGAUCACUCACUUCAUAGAAAUUCAAGUUAAUCAUCUUUGUAUUUUGAAAUAUCAUUACGAAUUUGGAUCUGAC